AUGAAGGUUACACUGCUACUAUUAAUUGUGGGAUUCUGCAUUGUUAGCGCAAAGUACCUUCCUUAUGAAUCUAAUGACUCAAAUAGAAUCUUACUUAGAAACAAAAGGUCCGAUUCUGAAGAAUCAAAUUCGUCGGUAGAGAAUAGCAGUAAUGAGGAUAGUGACGAUGAUAAUUCUGCAGAGAGAAAGUUGAAGGAACAAGAACUAAAACUUCAUGAAAAGGAAGAAAAGGCUCGAAGAAAAGCUCUAGAACGAGAAGAAAAGAUAAAGCGAAAGGAAGAAGAACUCAAAAGGAAAUUAGAGGAAAAACGCGAAAGGGAAGAACAAAAGCAACAAGAAAAAAAAGAAAAGGAAGAAAGAAAGCUACAAGAAAAGAUUGAAAAAGAAAAGCGUAAAGAGGAGGAACAUCAAAGAAAACUUGAAGAAAAACGCUUAAAAGACGAAAGGAAAAGGCAAGAAAAGCAGUUACAAGAACUUCAGAAGGAGGCGCUUAAACCUGAGUCACAAGAUAGUUUCCUCGAAACUGAAGAGGAAAAUUCAGUUGAACUUGAGGAUGUAUGGAGACAACACAUAUAUACCAAAUAUGGUUUAAACUUUGCCAGCACUGCGUUGGAAAAGAAGGCUGCCCUUAAUAAGUACAUUGAAGAGGAGUUAGGAUUACAAGCUAACAGCACAAAGAGUGAACGUCGACGUGCUAUUUUGAAUCUCAUUCAAACUAAAUUGCAAAACGAUGCUGCUGAACGCGAAGCGAUUCGCCAGCAAGUCCUAAGUCAUGUCAACGCCGUCACGUUACAGAAAUUACGCAGUGAUCUAGAAAAGGAUAUUGAAGAUCUAAAUAACAAAACUGAUUUAUUGAAAAAUGUAAGCUUACCGUGGGCAGUUCCACUUCAAGAAAAUAUACAAGAGAAGAAAACAUUUUUACAAGCCUUAUCACAAUUUUUGGGAAAUAUUCUACCAAACUGGAUAGCUGGAAAUCCAGCUCAAAAUAAACCAGACGAGUCACAAACCAAUGAGAAUUCACAAAACGAUGGAUCUAAUACAAUUUCCUCAGUUUCGGCAAAUGCUCCAAACACUGUAGAUUCGAUAAAUGACGCUUCCGGAAGUAAACCUGUUUUAGGUGACAUUGGUAUUGUUACUGAAGAAGCUGGCAGUUCCAUAUACAACAAUAACGCGGGUAGUCAAAAUAGUAAUCAAGCAUUAGACGACAGCAAUGGUAACGUAAACAAUGAAAAUGAAUCUGUUAAUUCUGUCAUAUUAGGUACCGAUGAAAAUAAUUUGUCAAGUGCUAGUCCUACAGAUACAGGUGACUCCUCAGUGGCGCAGGGAAGUUCUGAUUCUACUACAUCAGAAAUCAACCAAGUCGCGUCGAACGAUUCAAUAUUAAGUAGCGAAGAAAAUAAUUUGUCAAGUGCUAGACCUAUAGAUACAGUCAAUAACGGAAACGAAGAUAAUAUUGACAUUAAUAGCGUUCCCGCUGAUCAGUCUCAAAAUUCAGCAAGUGAAGUAAAUUUGAACAAACCAUUAACAUCCGAAAACACAAACACAGUAGGAAAUGAUAUAGGAACACCUGAAACAGGAUCAGGUAAUUUGUCAGAAGGAUCAAAUGAUGAAAAGGAAUCUGGAUCAAAUGGUGUCACUUCUACGUCAAUAACAAAUGGUAUUGAGACAAACACGCUUAUUUCGAGUGAAAAUGGAGUAACCGAAGUUAAACAGGACGGCGCCUUGGUUUCACUAGUUGAAGAUUCGACCGGGGAUAAGCCGGGAAAUGCAGACAGUUUUCCCCAAAAUGAAUCUAAUUUAGAUGUGAAUAAUAAUGAUGAACCAAACUCAAAUCCAACUUUACAAGGUAUCGAAUCAGGAUCGUCAAGUAUUGAUCUUACUGAGGGUUCAGGAAAUAAUAAUAACUUAUCAAACACCAUUGCGGACAAAGUAUCCAGUGGCGAUUCAGUUGAUGUUAACACUGCCCUUCAGACUGAAGCGAACCCAUCUCCCAACGAAAAUUCAUUGGCUGAUGGAGAUUCCCCUAAUAUAGUUAAUCAAGAUAAUGUUGUAACAGAUGCUUCAACUAGCUCACCUCUCGAAGAAAAUAGUAACUCAGUUACUGGUGGAAGCCAGACAAAUCAAGUUUUAGAGGAAAGUUCUGUAGGGUCCGUAAGUGGCACAACUAAUCCCUCCACAGAAAAUGUAGUUGAAAAUAAGAGCAACAUUUCUGGUAGUAACGAACCGUCAUUAUCGCAGAGUAACAUCGAUUCGGCUAAUAUUGCAGAAUCAGUAAACGAAAGUACGCCAAAUGAUAGUAAUGCAGUAAUCAUAAACGAACCGGCUGACUCUACAAUAGAAGGCAAUACCAACUUAGGCGAUAAUGCAGAGUCUGAUCUUUUGAACAAAAAUGAGAGUGUUACGGAAGGCAGUGUAAAGGAAAUAGUUAUUACUGAUAAUUCAGCAACAACUGUAAUUAGUGAAAAUCCUGUCGGAACUGAAGCUACUAACACUGAAGCAGUAGAUCUAGUAAAUACUGGCUCUGAUGUUGAAGGAGAACAAAAUACCAAUUUAGAAUCCGUUGACCCAAUCAGCCAACAGGAGGAAAAAGAAACGUCCAAUGACGUAAGCAAUGCCGUUACUGAUCCAAGCGCUUCAAAUAACGAAUUACAAUCAAUAAGUUCUGAUGCUGUUACCGAACCCGCUUCAUCCACGGGAGUUGUUUCAGAUGCAAAACAGUCUGAGCAAGGAGUAGCAGAGGAAGAGAGUACUGUUUACGAAAGCGGGACUACCGAAUCUGUCUCUUACACUCCCGUUGAAGUCGUAGAAGACUUUACAAUAAUUUCUGAACCUGGUGCAACGGUUGUCGAAAUAGUCGCUCAGUAA